CCCUCGAGGUGCCCGCCAUAGCCACGGAUCCUCACCUCCUCGUUGUUUCCUUGCGGUGAGUAGAUCGCAACUACUCACCGAGUGAGCACUGUGUGUGGUUUGUUCCGGUAUCUAGGGUCGCAUUCAAUUGGACCGGCUCGAGAGUUCUACGCGCAUGAUGGUUGACAUGUGAAGAAGCCUCGUCGUCGUCUUACACUGUGCAGGAGGGAGGUGUAUUUUGCCGAUACCAGGUCUCGCUCAUUGAGUGUUCAUCAUCGUCGUAGUGCGUCAUCAUGAUCGCUAGUGGCUGUCGUCAGCGUGGGAUUAUCGGAGGUCUAGGGCAUGAUUUUCAAAGCUUAGUUUAGUUGGACCAUGGCACGGCAGUUGUCGGAGUGGAGUGGAGUGGAGUUUUUAUUAGAGGGGAGGAGCUUUAUGACUGCAAUUUGGAAAAGGGAGGGUGGAAGAGGGGGGAGAGGAGCGAUUGUUGCGAGUUGGAAAGGGUAGGAGAUGGCGGUGGAUAUGUUUGUGGGGAAGAUUUAAAAACAAUUAGUAUUGGACAGGUGAACUGCGAGGCUACAUGUUUCUGGUAUGAAAUUACCGAGGUGUGGUAGUGAGUGAGUGGAGUUGUAAGCGGAGGUGCAAGUAAGUUGGUUAGACCUGGAGGAUAAUGAGCAUGUCUCCUCAGGAUAUGGAGGCUCCGGAGAAGAAGCGGUCGCCUCAAGCAUGGAAGUUGAGAUUGCCGUGGGAACAGCAAAAACAGGCGGAAAUGCAGAAAAGCGCUUUUAUCCAGAGCCAAGAAAACGCCAGAGCUAGCACCUCCUCAGUGUCGACCCUUGCAAGGGCGUUUAUGAUUAGCCGGAAACGGCUACGGCUUGACCCUGAUAAGAAAUUACACUUUCUAUACGAACCUGGAAAACAAGUUUCAAGCGCAAUCAAGAUCAAGAAUGUAAGUCGCACGCACGUUGCUUUUAAGUUUCAAACCACAGCUCCAAAAAGCUGCUUCAUGCGCCCACCUAGUGGUGUACUUGCGCCAAACGCGACCAUCAUCGCAACAGUUGUGAAGUUUUUAGAACAGCCUGAAAACGAACGUCCACAAGAAAAAAAGACCAAGGACAAAUUCAAAAUUGUCAGCUUGGCUGUGCAACCAGGGAUUGAUUACACUCCAGAAUUGUUUGAAGAUGAAAAGGAACUGGUUACUGUGGAGCGCAUCCUUCAAGUGGUCUUUAUUGAUCCACAUAAAGCAUCUCCAGAGGAAUUGGAUAGGUUACAAAAGCGUCUGGCAGAAGCUGAAGCAGCUGAAGCAGCUGGCACGAAGCCUGCAGCGGAAAUGAACUCUAAGGGCACCAUGGUUCUGGAAGGACUUGUGAUCGAUGAAUGGAAACAGCGUAGGGAAAAUUAUCUCGCUCGGCAACAAGGUGAAGGAGGGGAGUCCUUAUGAUACUAGGGUUUAUUCGUGCAGUCUGGAGGAUGGACAACAACCUGACCUGGGUUUCGCAGGCUGUCGGCAGAGUUUGUGUACAGGCGUUCUCUUCGAGGAGAAUCAGUUCAUUUCAAUUAGUACCUAUUUUGUAGGGUUCGUUGCAUGCCACUGUUUGCGCCAGUGCUCCAUGUUACGCAUCCUUUAGAUAGAUUCGUGUGGAGCAACUUCCUACUGAACAACUGUAGUCUAGACAAGUUCGCUGAAGGCAUUCUAUAUUUCGAGUCUCGAAUCCAAUCCUUUUCAGCAUCAAAGAGACCAUAAAUCCCAAGUGCCAGCCCUUUUGCUCAACGCAAGCGUUCAGUUUAUGAGUUCGGGUUGGAAGGCGCUUGCUGAUGAUGGGAGGUUAAAGAUCCACCGCAUGCCUUUGUGCGGCUUCCUCCCAUCCCUCACUAAUUUGUUGAUACUUAACAUUCUUCAUAGCUACAACAUUCACAUGUUAGCAUGCACACGUUUCAUUCGGAGUAUUACUUAUGCAGCUUGGAGAAUUGAUGUUGCUUCUUAUAAAAGCUAGCGGCAUCGUGGGCUGUAUAUUUCUUUUGGGUACGUGCUAAUAUACUGUUAACAACUGCUUUAGUUAUUAAUAUUUUUGGUCAACAGCAA